UAAAGUGCUUAACCAUCUGUGAGUCUAUCCCCUUCCCUUUUGGGAUAUUAUUAUUUUCGCCGCGUGGAGAGAGAGAUGUCGACGCUCUUUCGCCGGAAGUCAAUCGGAAUCCACCCCUACUCCCAACUUCAAUCCCUUUUGAUUUAAUCUUUUUCUCCUGCUGCUGUAACUAUCUCAUCGCACUCCUCAGCUACUCUGCUUCAAUCUGUAGUUAAUUGGGGAUUCUGUUAGGUUUUAGGGGUUUUAUCAGCUUUUUGAUUUAGAUGGAGCCGAGAGUCGGAAACAAGUUUCGGCUCGGGAGGAAGAUCGGUAGUGGAUCCUUCGGAGAGAUCUAUCUUGGUACGAAUAUACAGACGAAUGAAGAAGUUGCCAUUAAACUUGAAAAUGUGAAAACUAAGCAUCCUCAGUUGCUGUAUGAAUCAAAAUUGUAUAAAGUAUUACAAGGAGGAACCGGAGUUCCAAACGUUAAAUGGUAUGGUACUGAAGGGGACUAUAACGUCCUUGUGAUAGACUUGCUGGGGCCUAGCCUUGAAGAUCUAUUCAACUUCUGUAGUAGGAAACUCUCACUUAAGACUGUACUAAUGCUUGCAGAUCAAAUGAUCAAUCGCAUUGAAUUUGUUCAUCAGAAGUCAUUUCUACACCGGGACAUCAAGCCUGACAACUUUCUGAUGGGUCUCGGAAGGCGCGCAAAUCAGGUAUAUGUCAUCGACUUUGGUCUGGCAAAGAAGUAUCGAGACUCAAAUAAUCAGCAUAUUCCGUACAGGGAAAACAAAAACUUGACUGGAACGGCUAGAUACGCCAGCAUGAACACUCACCUUGGCAUAGAACAAAGUCGUAGAGAUGAUUUGGAGUCACUGGGAUUUGUUCUCAUGUACUUCUUAAAAGGAAGUCUUCCUUGGCAAGGACUGAAAGCUGGCAAUAAGAAGCAAAAGUAUGAGAGAAUCAGUGAAAAGAAAGUAUCGACAUCUAUUGAGUCUUUGUGCCGUGGAUAUCCAUCCGAAUUCGCUUCUUACUUUCAUUAUUGCCGUUCCCUGAGAUUCGACGACAAGCCAGACUAUGCCUACCUGAAACGUCUUUUCCGUGACCUGUUUAUUCGCGAAGGCUUCCAGUUUGAUUAUGUAUUUGAUUGGACGAUCCUGAAGUAUCAGCAAUCACAGAUUUCAACUCCGCCUCCCCGGCCUCACGGCGCUGGAGUUGGUCCAAGCUCUGGCUUACCCCCUGCUAUCGCUAGUGCUGAGAGACCAUCAGGUGGCGAGGAAGUUAGACCUUCUGGUUGGUUAUUAGGAAACCCUAGACGAAGUUCUGGACAUAUUUUUAACUCAGGAAGCUCAGCUAAACAAAAGGCACCAGUUUCAAGUGAUCCUGCAAUAUCUAAAGAUGUAGUGUUAUCAAGCUCUAGCUUUCUCCGCGCAACUGGAUCAUCAAGACGUGCUACUGUCUCCAGUAGUCGCGAGCCUGCAGUUCCUGGAACUGAUUCUGAGCCAUCAAAACCUCAAAACAUUGAAGCUGGAUCAAGCUCCAACCCAAAGAUCCAUGGUGGUCGAAGCUCACCUAUCGUCUCAUCUGAUAACAACAAGCUAUCAUCUCCCUCGAGGGGAAAUACUUCAGUGAUGAAGAACUAUGAGUCCAACCUUAAAGGGAUCGAGAGUCUGCAUUUUUAGUCUCUGCUGGGGAUCACUGAACCAGUGAAUGAUCGUUGAGCUUCCCCGGGACAGAGUGUAAAUUAAAAGACAAAAGAAAACCUUUGUUAGGCUCUCUCCCCAUGUAUUACGUGCAUUUGUGUUUACAGGGAGAGAGACUUUACUUGUGCUGCAUGUAAGCACUCUCAAAUAACAAAGAAAGAAAGACUCUGAAGAAGUGAUUCCAGAGAAACACAAACUCAAAGAGGAUGAGAUCAAGGAGACUAAAGACUUGAAACACUCUUAAGUCCUCAUUUGUUAUUUCUUAAUGUCUGUUUGUAUUUGUGUCGUUUGGUAUUGCAAAGUUAAAAUUAUUUUUUGUGUCUCAAAGAGAUUUGAAGUGUCGUCGCAAAAAAAGGCGCAAAAGAAAGAAGGGGUUUUUCUUAUA